AUUUAUUUUAAAUUUUAUAUAUCAGGGUUUUGCUGAGCUCAGUCACGGUCUCUUUGUUGUUACUUCCCGUCGCCUAUUUUUGUUCAAUCUCCGUAGCAAAUAACAAUGAGUCGCUCAGGCCAGCCCCCGGAUCUAAAGAAGUACAUGGACAAGAAGCUUCAAAUUAAGAUGAAUGCUAAUCGCAUGGUGGUUGGCACCCUUCGUGGUUUUGAUCAGUUCAUGAACCUGGUGAUUGACAACACUGUGGAGGUGAAUGGUGAUGAGAGAAAUGAUAUUGGCAUGGUGGUUAUUAGAGGAAAUAGCGUGGUCACUGUUGAAGCACUUGAGCCAGUAAGCAGAGGACAGUAGCUUCAAAUUUGAAUUUGUAUGCAGUAAUUUGGAAGCACUUAUGAGGGUGGAACAUUCAAGGGAAAACAAGCAUUUACAAGUGUGGGGGACUAAGGUCUAUGGUGAUUUUCAUGAAAUGACUUGUGACAGUUUUUCUUGCUUAAAAUUGUAAUCUUAAUCAUCUUGCAUUAUGUAUUGUUGCCUAUUGUUAUCAGUCUUAGUUCAGGGCUGAAUUUAUUAAACAUUAAUCUGUCCCAAGUUGGCUUCCUUGUGUGUUUCAUAUGAUAUACUACCUCCGUCCCACUCUUCUAA